AUGGAUAAAAUUCUGUCUCCUGAGGAAAUUAAACAAGCAGUUUUUGAUUUAGGGGCUAACAGUGCUCCAGGUCCGGAUGGUUUUUCUGGAUGCUUCUAUAGACACUGCUGGGAUAUAAUUCAAGAAGAUUUGAUUAAGGCUAUUAUUUUUUGUUGGGAUUCUGGUUAUAUUCCAAAUGGAGUGAACUCUAGCCUAAUCGUUUUGCUUCCCAAGGUAAGAGGUGCAAACUCUCUUCGUAAUUUUCGUUCUAUUGGUCUUAGUAAUUUUUUCUUCAAAAUUUUUACUAAGAUCUUGGAUACUAGGCUAGGUAGUGUUUUGGAUAAUCUUGUUUCUGAGGAACAAGUGGCUUUUAUGAAAGGGCGUAACAUCCAUGAAAACAUUAGUCUUGCUUCGGAAAUUGUUAAUGAGCUUCAUAUCAAACGCAAAGAUUUAAUAUUGGCCUUAAUCUUGACAUCACCCAAGCUUUUGACAUGUUCGGAGGGUUAUUUCAAGAUUAAUAGAGGUUUACGUCAAGGUGAUCCCCUUUCUCCCUUGAUUUUUGUCUUGAUUGAAGAUGUCCUUAGCAGAAAUAUUUCGAAGCUUUUUGCUGAGAAGAAGAUGUCGCACAUGGUAACUAGAGGUGGUAUUUCUCCUACCCAUCUCUUUUUUGCUGAUGAUAUUAUGAUUUUUUGUAAAGGCAAUUUAUGGAGCAUUAAUAACCUGGAGGAUUUGUUGGGUAAAUAUCAGCGUACUUCUGGUCAGACUGUUUGUCGCCAAAAAAGUAAGAUUUAUUAUGGUGGUGGUUCCUUGAGUAGAAGCACUUAUCUUGCUGAUUAUUUGGGGAUGAGUGUGGCUACUUUUCCGGAUUGUUACUUGGGAGUUCAAAUCAUGCCAGGUACUGUUAGAUAUCAUCAUAUUUCCAAUGUUUUUGAGAAGAUUAAGACCCAACUUGCUGGUUGGAAGGGUUUCCUCUUAUCUUUUCAUGACCGUAUUGUUCUAGUUAAAACUGUUAUUUAA